AAGAAGCGAUAUGACACAUUACAGAGCGAGCUCAGAGGCCGAGAACUUGAUGAACGACAGAAGCAGUAGUCGCCGGGAAAAAGAAGAAGACGAAGAGGAAGCCAUGAAAUUGGCGGCUCUUGAGCAGCUACAGCGUCUUCCGACGUACGAUCGGGCGAGGAAGGCCGUGUUGAGAGGGAUCACAGGAGGUUUCAAGGAGAUUGACAUGAAGGAUUAGGGCUUCGUGGAGAUAAGAGAGCUUUUUGAUAGAGUGAUGACGAUGGAUGACGAGGAUUGGCAUGGAGAGUAUCUACGGAGGCUAAAGAGUCGUUUCGAUAGAGUCUCUCUGAAUCUCCCAACGAUAGAAGUCCGAUUUGAGGAUGUGAACGUGACCGCCCAAGCCUAUGAACGCAGUAGAGCUGUUCCCACAGUCAUCAACUCAUACGCCAGCUUUGCAAAAAGUGUUGGAACUAAAAUCGGAAUUCUUCGGAUUCAAACAAAGAGAAUCUCCAUCCUAAAGGAUGUUAGCGGAAUCAUCAAACCCGGCAGGCUGAGUCUACUUUUGGGACCACCGGGCUCUGGAAAGUCGACCCUACUUAAAGCAUUGUCUGGAAAGAUAGAAAGUGGACUAAAAUAUACAGGGAAAGUGACAUACAAUGGGCAUGAACUGCAUGAGUUUGUGCCUGAAAGAACUUCCGCCUACAUCGGCCAAUACGAUGUUCACUUGCCGAGGCUAACAGUUCGAGAAACAUUACAGUUUUCAGCAAAAUGCCAAGGAGUCGGCACACGAUAUGAUAUGCUUUCCGAGUUACUGAGACGGGAGAAAGACUUGAAGAUCAAACCAGAUCCUUACCUCGACGCGUUAAUGAAGGCGUCAGUUCUGAAAGGACACAAGGAGAAUGUGGUUACGGAUUACGUUUUAAAGGUAUUAGGGCUUGAGACAUGCGCUGAUACGGUAGUUGGGGAUAAUAUGCAAAGAGGCAUCUCUGGUGGGCAAAAGAAACGCGUAACAACAGGCGAGAUGUUGGUGGGACCAGUCGGAGCUUUCUUCAUGGACAACAUAUCAGACGGUUUAGAUAGCUCAACGACGUUUCAGAUUGUCAAGUGCAUCAAGCAAAUGAUCCAUGUUUUCGAUAAAACCGCUCUAAUCUCUCUUCUCCAGCCUCCUCCAGAGACAUUCGAGCUCUUUGAUGAUGUCAUCAUUCUCGGAGAAGGCCGAAUCGUUUACCAAGGCCCUCGGGAAAACGUCCUUGAGUUUUUUGAAUCUAUGGGGUUUAAGUGUCCUGAAAGAAAAGGAGUUGCUGAUUACUUGCAAGAAAUUUUAUCAAGAAAAGAUCAAGAACAGUACUGGGCUAAUCCGGAGGUGCCAUAUCGCUAUGUAUCGGCAAAACAAUUCGAGGAAGGCUUUAAAACUCACCAUCUCGGGAGCACAAUGCGUUCACAGCUCGCAACACCGUUUAAUCGAUGGGAGAAUCACGGAGCAGCCUUGACAAAGACUACUUUUGGAUCCAGCAAAUGGGAAAUGCUAAAGGCGUGCUUAGCAAGAGAGUGGAUUCUGAUGCAAAGAAACAUCAGAAUCUUCUGCCUCAAGUCAUUUCAGCUGUUUUUCAACGCGGCAAUGAUCGGACUCGUGUUCUCGACACAAAGGGAACAUCACAGCACUGUAGAAGAUGGAAUCAUAUACAUGGGAGCUAUCUAUCUGGAAGUGCAGAUGGUUUUCUUCUUCUUGAACAUGGAUUGGUUUCCCAAUUCUUAUCUUCGAUUUUAA